AUGGCACAAUUUAUCACUUCAUUGUUGUGCGCAGUCAAGGCUGCGCUCUUUCUGCUUUGCGCGCAGGUGCAGUCACAAUUGACCGAAGCUGGGAGCGUCGUGGUACGCUAUGACGACCCGCUGAUUUAUUACAAUGGACGGUGGGAUGAUGAACCAGAGACUUGGUGGACUAGCUCUGGCUUCAAGAUAAACGUGCAGAACCUCUCCAACUUGACAUUGAACCUCGGCCCCUACACAUCCAACCCCGUUUUGUUGGGUGUGUCAAUAAACUACGGGAAUUUUACAGGCUUCAACGCCACACAAGGGGCCAAUGUCAUCCCUUUGGGCGACCUCACCUAUGCAUCGGACGCAGUGGUGAGGAUCAACUCGGUGGGAUGGCAAGACAACCACAUGAACCUCGAGAGCAUCGAGCUCAAUGCGGGUGCGAAUCUUCUGCCGUAUAGACCUUCUCAUAUUGCUUUCCAGUUCAUUGGAGACUCACUGUCUGCUGGCCAAUACCUUCCUUUGGGCGUCGACCAAGCCUGGCCUUUCCUCGUAUCUGAGUACUUCAGAGGUGAACAUAACAUUCAGGCUCAGCCUGGAAUCGCCCUCUCGGAUAUCGACUCGUACGGAAACAUUCACGGAAUGUCAUUUCAAUUCUUCCAAACAGAAGAUACUCAGUACUACUAUGACCCCUUGCACAACUACACAACCCCCUGGAACUUCAAACGAGACUAUCCCGCUGCAACACAUGUUGUUCUUACCUUGUGUUCUUCUUCUUCUCGUACUUACUGCCGUUGUGUUGUUCACAAGACCUACAUAAACUUCCUGGAAAAUAUCCGCAUUAUCUACCCUGUGCAGCCCCUGUUUAUCAUUCUGCCGUGGGGCUGGCCUAACCCCGAAGGUCCUCCCUCGCCUUACUAUGUUGGUACCUACCAGCAGGUCGUAAAUCACCACGAUGUUUACCCGUCCAAUUUACACCCCACUAUUCAGGGUCAUCAGAAAGUGGCAGGUUACUUUGAGAGCUGGCUCGAAGAAUGGGGCAUGGUGGCCGAGGGCCGCUGA